AUGGCGGCGCGGCGCCGGGCGAUGACGGUCACGAUGACGGUGAUGAUGAUGAUGACGGUGACGGUGAUGGCGAUGAUGGCGGCGCCCGUGGCCGCGCUCCGGGCCUGGGCGGAGGCGGCGGCGCGGGCGGAGUGUGCCGGCAGGGAGGAGCUGCGGGCCGUGCGGGACGCCGUGGGGGCCGCGGGCAGCGCUGUGCUGCGGCUCCUGGAGGAGCCGGGCCCGGCCGAGCUGGGGCUGGCCCUGCUUCUGCGGCGUGGGCCGCGCUGCCCCUCGCUGGCCGACGUGCUGGAGGGGCUGCAGGACGUGGAACGCUACUACCGGCACCUGUACUUGGAGAGCAAGCUGCUCCUGCAGCGCCUCAGCCUGGACAGCCUGGCAGACGUGGAGGCCCUGCCGCAGUCCUGGGAGAGGAUUUUGGAGCGUUUCAAGGAAGAUGAUGUUGUUCAAGAUACUCUCCUGAAGGUCUCACUGUUUGUGGAGAACCAUCACGAGGUGAGCUGCUCGCCUGGCUCCUGACAGGGCAGCAGGGACUGGCACUGACCAGCCUCUGGCACGUUCUGUGGUGCUGCAGAGGGGAUGAGGAAUCGAGGGAGAUCUCCUGGUGCUUUUUGGAAGCUGAAUGAGUUGGCCUCAGCAUGAAAUGCUUGAACUGUACCAUUUUGAAGUGGGAAUGGCCUUGGUCUGUGAAGAAGAAGCUGAGCCCAAAAAGCUGUGAGGAUAGAAGAGAGUCACCUCCAGCUGUGGCACUUGUCCUUUCCCUCUUCUGCCUGGGCUGUUUUUGUCAUGGUAAAAAUGUUGAUUCUUGUUUACAUGAGGUGCUGCAGAUGUGUGAGAAUAAUGAAGUCCUUCAGGCUGGUGCUGUGAAAGAUAUUUGGGCUCUCUCCUUACAAAUAAAGAAAACAUGUCAGAUCAGGGUUUAGAAACAGUGCUCGCCUCAUGUCUGUGAGCAGUGUGUUUGCAGUCAUCCCAGCUGGGCAUGGAGGAGGAAGGAAGCAAAUCUGGCUUGAAAAUGUCAUUAUGGAGGUGCACAGAUGCCCAAGUUCUGACUCAAACACGGGCACAUUUCAAGGGUGAGCAGUACACUGCUCUGUUUCCACUGAAAUCAGAUUUAAAAUUUCACUCUCUGGUAGCCACUGCUGACAGCUCAGGGACACCUUUUGUUGGCCUUGGCACUGAUCCUCUGAACAUUCCCAGGAAGCAGGGGGGUGUUUGUCUCCCAGCUCUGUGUUUGCUAAGGAGCUGCAGCUUCUCAGAGAAAGCCAAUAAAGAAUUGCAUGGGA